CAAAACACCCUCAGCCUAGAAUGAGAACACCACUCCCCCUUCAAUCUCUCCCAAAUGCCCAAAGUCUCAAAUUCACCAACCCUAACCCUAUCAGAGCAAAAUCAACAAAGCAAACCAGCCACCAUCAACCCCCACCACUAUCGGCGGUGACAACCAAUGAUUGCGAUCCUCCCUUCUCUAAGGUAUUCUCUCCUCCUCGCGUCGUCAAGCCCGAGGGUGGCGUCAAGCCCGGACCUGUCCUCGUCGCCAUCGAGCCCAAGGGUGUCGUCGUUGCUGUCGAAUGUUUCUGCUGCUCGACGUCGCGAGCAUCUCUUCAGCCCUGUUUUCCUCGCCGUCGCAAACGUUCCUGUUUGGCCGUCUUUUCUUCGCCUUCACCUCUGUUCCACUGCUUGGCCAUCACUUCAUUGCAUAUCAUCUGAGUUUAUCAAGUUUGAAUUUUAUCUAUUUUUGGUUAAUAAUAGGGAUAUGUCAGUUGCUGUUUUGCGAACUUUUAUAUCCAGAUGUAUGGAAGAACAUGAAGCAAAUUUCCCCAAGAAAGCUAAAAUAGCUCCAAAAAUAUCUGAAAGUGAUGCUUCUGAACCUGCUAAUGAGGAUGUCCCUCAUGCAUCUCCACCUGAAGAUUGUAGAGAUAAUGGCGAAUGUGAAGAUGGGAAUGGAAUGGACCUUGAUAAAUCGUGCAACACAGGAGAGGGGCAAGUCAAAAGCAUUGAAGAAUGCAACUGGGCAGGAGAGUCAAUGAGUAAUGCAGAUGGAAAAGUUCAGAGGGAACUGAAGCCACCGAGAGUUCUAGAGGCAUUGAGUGCUUCUGAAUUAAGGGCCCUAAGGUAUGCUCAUGAAAUUGAAGGAAUUGGUCAUGUGGUUGCUCUGGACAAUGAUGAAGAUGAUUCAAGGAUUUUGCAUUAUACCCCUGCUGGACAAUAAUUUUGCAUUCAACUAGAAAAGAAUUAAAGUCUUAGAAUAUUCUCUACCAAAUUUGUUUUAUUUAUCGAAAACAUGAAAGAUCUAGCUCUCUGUGUUGAUGGUUGCAUAUAUUGUUUUUGUCA